AUGGAGUGGGUGGGGCUACGUAAGGGAGCAGAGAUGGAGUGGGUGGGGCUACGUGAGGGAACAGAGAUGGAGUGGGUGGGGCUACGUGAGGGAACAGAGAUGGAGUGGGUGGAGCUACGUGAGGGAACAGAGAUGGAGUGGGUGGGGCUACGUGAGGGAGCAGAGAUGGAGUGGGUGGGGCUACGUGAAAGAGCAGAGAUGGAGUGGGUGGGGCUACGUGAGGGAACAGAGAUGGAGUGGGCGGGGCUACGUGAGGGAACAGAGAUGGAGUGGGUGGGGCUACGUGAGGGAGCAGAGAUGGAAUUAUUUAUUGUAUAUGAACAGCGGAAUAAAGACAUCAGUGCAAGACUUAUGAUACUUUCUGGGGAGAGACUUCUCACUCACUGGGGAGUCUUGGUGGGAGAGACUUCUCACUCACUGGGGAGUCUUGGUGGGAGAGACUUCUCACUCACUGGGGAGUCUUGGUGGGAGAGACUUCUCACUCACUGGGGAGUCUUGAACAAGUUGGAUCGGUGUCUGAGUAGGAAGACACUGUACCGACGUCUGCCCUGCCUUACCUGGCUCAGGAGCUACAACAUAGAGUGUCUGGUGGGGGACCUGAUCGCUGGCUUCACCGUUGGCCUCAUGUUGAUACCCCAGGCGCUGGCUUACGGUCUUGUAGCUGGUCUUCCUCCAAGUUAUGGGCUGUACUCUGCCUUCGUUCCCUGCUUCGUGUACUUCCUGUUGGGGUCGAGAAAUGAGCUCAACAUCGGUCCAACAGCCAUCAUGUCCCUCAUGACGUACCAGUAUAGCGGUCAGGGCGGGGGUGACUAUGCUGUUCUCCUCGCCUUCAUGGCUGGCAUCAUAGAACUGGUCGCUGGCAUCGUCAACUUAGGGUUCCUCAUCAAUUUCAUCUCUCUGCCUGUCAUCAGUGGGUUCACCUCAGCUGCAGCUAUCAUCAUAGCUUCGUCCCAGCUUAAGCUACUGUUUGGUCUUCGUCUUAAAACCAAAGGGCUGAUCAACACUUGGGUGAAAGUUUUCUCAAAUAUCCAAGAUUUACGAUGGCAGGACCUCACACUCGGCCUCAUCUGUAUUGUCGUCCUCUUCCUCCUGAAGGAGGUUCGCAGUGUGCGGUGGUCGUGUCUGGACAACAAAAGUCGUAGUCUGCGUCAGCGGGUUUUAAGAAAUACAAUUUUCUACGUCUCUGUUGGACGCAAUGCUAUUGUUGUUAUUAUUGCUUCCGUCAUCGCCUAUAGCCUCGACGGGGAUGACCAGCCAUUUACAAUUUCAGGUUACGUGGAGCCUGGAAUCCCAACUCCAUCUCUUCCACCAUUCUCCACUGAGAUCAAUAACCAGACCAUAACAUUUACGGAGAUCAUGAACGACAUUGGCAUUGGUGUAGCAAUGGUGCCAUUCAUUGCCAUUCUUGACCUUAUUGCCAUUGUCAGUGUAUUUGCUAAAGGAAAAACCUUCGAUGCUACGCAGGAGAUCAUCACUUUAGGCGUCGCCACUACAAUUGGAUCCUUUUUUGGAUCGAUACCUAUAACAGGAGGUUUGUCACGUUCAGCAGUUAACGAGACAAGUGGAGUGCGGACUCCUGCUGGAGGUCUGGUCACAGGAGUCAUGGUCCUCCUCUCCCUCGCCUUCUUAACGCCUUGUUUCACUUAUAUUCCCAAAUCCACACUGGCAGCAGUAAUCAUAUGUGCUGUGAUUCAUCUCAUUGAUUACGAGAUCUUGGCUCCUCUCUGGAGGAGUAAGAAGAACGACCUGGUACCUCUUAUAGUCACCUUCUUGGCCUGCCUCUUGUGGGGACUCGAGUGGGGGAUUCUGUUGGGCAUCGGUGUCAAUCUCUCAAUGCUUCUGUAUUCCGUUGCUACACCCACCGUCAUCGUGACAGUUGUCCCACCCAGUAGUGAUAGUAGAGGAUAUGUUCUGGUUACUCCUUGCCACGGUCUCAGUUUCCCCAGCACUUCCCACAUCCGUGGUGCCGUCAGAAAGGCUGGGCUCCGGCAGGCUGCUGGCUCUCUUCCUGUUGUUAUUGACUGUUUCUGCAUUGAUACUGUUGACUACACAUCAGUUAAGGGCAUAAAGGGGAUGAUAGAGGAGUUCCAGCUGCGUGGGCAGAGCCUUGUGUUCUUGGGCAUGAAGCCAAACAUCAUUCAGAUCGUUCAAGCUCUUCACAAAGACAUCAGGAUUUGCUCCAGCUUUGAUGUUCUGCCUGAGGCUCUGGCAGAUGGUGAGGCCGAGACGGGGAUGGAAUCUGUCGAAUGUGCUAGCCGACACAAAGGAGAAAAUAUACUUAUUCCUGCCAUCACAUCCACGCCUUCACCUGACACCAGUGAUGCAGCCAACCCGCUGCUGACCCCCACAACUUUCCACGACCAGAAGUAGUGCAACUUUACUACUGUUUUGGCCGGAAAUAGUAGCUCUUCAGAGAAAGUCAGAGAAAACUCUGAAACAGAUCAACUAGUCUGUCUAAAAUCUCUUAUUGCUGGAAGCCAAUGGGUAUGUACCUACACGGUAGGUACAUACAUGGAAGAUACAUACACGUGUUGGGGUCCCAAGUCCAAGGGACAUUCAGUUUAAAAACAUCGCAGAGAAGGUGAUCCUAGCUGUGAGCGCUUGUGACUGCUGAGAGACCAAGUCCAGAGAAUUUCAUCGACUCACUAUGCGCUAAUGAGUAGUUAAGUACGAGGGACAUAAAAACAUUUAGAUAUAUUCAUCCCACUGCAAUACUCAAUCAAACUCGAUUCCAGAAUUGAUCAAGAUAUCAGGUGGGACGUGUUUCAGCAGCAUCAGAGUUAAUCAUACUGAAGCUGAAAACUGUUAUAUCAAAGACUCCAGUGACGUUCUAGCAAUAAGUCUUGUGUCCUCAUAACAGAAUAUUGUGUUCUCAUAACAGCAUCUUGUGUUCUCAUAAUGUUAUGUUAAAGCAAAAUAUAUCUUUGUGAUGUAAUAAUAAAGACUGGCGCAUACUGUACUUGCAACAUAUAGUUUAAGACUUCCUGGCACUACAUAUGAGCAGACAGGCCAGCAGACCUGUGACGUCUAAUUCAGUGAGGGUUAUAUAUCAAUUUUUACACCUAUCGUUAACAGUCUGGUUCACGCUACCUGCAUGAACACCUCGUCAUGGAAACAGAUUGGCUUACUUAAAGAAUAGUGAUACUCAUUUAUAUUCAGUAAUUAGGGAAUGUUUCUUCUGGUCGGCUUCAAAAUAAUAAUAUACUCUAUUCACCAUGGGAAACUGAAGAUUAAUUUUUCCCUCCUAAGCCACGCGUGUCGUAAGAGGCGACUAAAAUGUCGGGAGCAAGGGGAUAGUAACCCCUUUUCCUUCAUAAAUUACUAAAUGUAAAAUGAAAACUUUUUUUUCGGGUCAUACUGCCUCGGUGGGAGACUGUCCAAAAUAAUGAUGAUGCCCCAUAAUUUCCGACUGAGUAGAUAAAUUUUUGUCUGAAAUUGUUAGAAAUAUGGAAUCUUUCGAUUCUCAACAAUUACUUGGAAAUGCCUUCUCAGACUGGCUUCAAACUUUCAUUGCUGAUAAAUUUAUUAGAAUAAAGCUUGGAGCUCAUU